UGUAAGAGAGGAAAACGGCACCGGUGAGAAACUGUUCUCCCGAACGAUGGCUGCCUCAGGCAAACUUGCAUCUUUCCGUCUGCCUCCCCUGCCUACUAUAGGAGAGCUCAUAAAGCUGUACAACCUGCGAGCAGAGAAACAGCUGUCCCAGAACUUUCUGUUGGACUUGAGGCUCACAGACAAAAUAGUGCGUCAGGCUGGCAGUUUGAGGGAUGCCCAUGUGUGUGAGGUGGGUCCUGGACCUGGUGGUCUCACCCGCUCCAUCCUCAAUGCCGGGGCGGCGGAAGUGCUUGUUGUGGAGAAGGAUACACGUUUCAUCCCAGGGCUGAAGCUGUUGUCAGAGGCAGCACCAGGCAGGUUGAGGAUUGUCCACGGUGACAUACUCACUUACAGAAUGGACCGAGGGUUCACACAAAAUAUCUCCAAGCCAUGGGAGGAAGAUCCGCCAAACCUUCACAUCAUAGGGAAUCUCCCAUUCAACGUCUCCACCCCGCUCAUCAUUAAGUGGCUGGAGAACGUAGCCAACAGAACAGGGCCCUUCGUCUACGGACGCACCCGGCUCACACUCACUUUCCAGAAAGAGGUGGCAGAGAGGUUGACAGCCAGCACGAGCAGCAAACAGAGGAGCCGUCUGUCCAUUAUGGCUCAGUAUCUCUGCACGGUCCACAACUGCUUCACCAUCCCUGGACGGGCUUUCGUCCCUAAACCACAGGUGGAUGUGGGAGUGUGUCACUUCACCCCUCUGGUUCAGCCCCAGAUCCAGCAGCCCUUCAAGCUGGUGGAGAAAGUCGUCAGGAACGUUUUCCAGUUCCGCAGGAAGCACUGCCAUAAAGGAGUGGAGAAGUUGUUCCCCGAGGCGUGUCGUGUUGAGCUGACAAAGGAGAUGAUGCAGAAGGCAGAUGUGGACCCCACUCUUCACCCUACAGAACUCACCAUACCUCAGUUCAGGGCUUUAGCAGAUGCCUACGCUCAUUUAUGCACCCAUGAACCCGGUCUCCUUGGCUUUGAGUACAGAGAGGAGCUCAGACUGAAGAACCUCGCCAGGAAAAGAAACAAAUCAGUGGACACGUUUAUGGACAAGCCAGCCGGCACACCACCAAAUCCUCCACCACCCUGCUAAAUAAAAAAAAUAAAAAAAGGCACGGAAGCCAAAUGAAGCCCACUAACAGCUUCUGUUAGCACAGGGAGACAACAGACUGCUCUUAGCCUUGACAUUUCCACCUGGCAUAUGCAUGCAUUUUUAAAAUGUUUUUCCCUGCACCCAGGGAGCAAUAGGUGGUACACAUGAAAUCCCGGGACAGAGACAAGAACCAUGAGGCUCGUAAAGAUCCUGUGUGGGUUGGAUCAGCUCCAAGACGUUGUUCCAGGAUGGGACAGCUCAAAGCAGUCAUGUGUAGUUACCCACAGUAGCUCUUUAAGAGUGAGUAUCUCUUUAUGUCCCAGUUCUUAUUUCAGAUCCAAUUCACAUAACACCUUGUCCUGUGGGACCUGAGAGAACCGUCAGAGUGUUUUCAGGGUGAUUUAGAAAAUGGGAACAACAUGGCAGCACCAUAUCCAGGCCAUUUUCUCCCUCUUCUAUGUACUGUAUUGCUUAGUCGCUUGGGAGACAGAGCUUAAAGGGAGGAGGAAAGUGGUGGGAAUUUGUCAGCUCCAGAAAGACUCUUGUUGUAUUCAAAGAAGAGGAAUUCAUGCUUAUAUAGAAAAAAGGAAUAAAUUAAACAUAAUCUGCUAUUGAUACAAAUGAAUCAAAUCUAACCUGUAAAAUAUACAUCAUAAAUGUGAGCGGUGGCGCCAUUGUUGUGCACAUUUGUUACGUUUCUUCUAUAGAACACAGCAUUUAUGACAUGUAUGUUAAAUACGUCCAACCACUGUGUUGUUAUUUAAGGUUUUAUAUCAAUAAAAGUGUCGUUACAAGUUUUAAA